AUGGCCCUUGUGAUGGUCCGUAUCCCCCCUUCGUCUCCUUUCCCCAUCCUCAGCCUUGUCCCUUCUUUGCACUCCUCUUUCAAGAGCCGAUCUUUAUCCUUGUCAUCACUGCCCUUUCUUCCCUUUCCCGCCUCCCCUUCCCAUGCAUCUAGACAUGAAGGGAAAGAUCUAGGUGUAUGCACAAUGGCGGCCGCUGAGCAGCAAGGAGCAGGGCGAGGGGAAGCGCAUGGUGCUGGAGAUGGCGUGCGAAUUCACGCUGCAGCACCGGGCUGCUCAAUUCGUAUCAAUUUGACCAUGUGUUCGACCACACCACCAGUCAAGAGGCCGUUUUUGAGGACACACGGGCAAGCAUCUAUUGAUGGCUACAACGUGUGCAUUUUCGUGUAUGGGCAGACGGGCAGCGGGAAGACUCACACCAUCUACAGCGGGGAUCAGAACUCCGGGCUCACGCUGCGCAUCAUGCAGGAGCUCUUCAAUGGGCUGAGGUAG